AUGAUCACGAUCUUAUCUCAGAUAUAUGAAGAGGAUUGCACUUCCACUUGCUACACGACGAGUGGAUGCUCGGAUUCAAACUCGGCUACUAGAAGUACCAAUGCCUGCACCUACUCGCCGUACUGGAACGACCCGGCUAUCGAAUCUUCGCUCAGCUCUUUGUUGGCACAAUUUCCGUUUACUUUCCCUGAGGCUGUCAAUAUUACGACCACUUCCACUCGUACAACCGGCAACAUUCUGAGUAGUACCUCUCGUUCUCAAAGCACAUCUACCUCCAAAAGUUCAUCUACCUUCAAAAGUACUGGUAUAUCUACUGCUAAGAGUUCAUCGACUUCGAAGACUACGAGUAGUCAAGCGAGUGCGUCCAAGACCUCGACGGAGCUUGAUGUACCUCCCAAGGCAACGCCUACCCUCUUGUUGGCAGCCAAACGGAAAAGAUGUCAUAAUGAGGGCCCUGAGGAGAAUUACAUUCCUCCGUUUCCGUACAAAAGACGUGAUACAGUCUUCUGUGCUGCUGAUCAAACUCCUAAAAGCGGCUUCGGUCUUUUCAAAUGGGAUGCGAUUGAUACAGAAAAGUUGAAGCAGGUUUGUGAAUCUUUGGUCAAUCGCAAGAUCGUCCUUAAAUACGAAGCCUUCUACCUGCAUAGUGACAGAUACGGAUUUGAUAAUGGCGAAUGCUAUAAACGGAAGGGCAAGGGUCUUGCCGAUGGGAACAACCUACGAGUUCUGUUCAGAGUAACAAAAGACAAGCGUGGUUGCUCAGGUGAAGGAACUUCCGAUAGCUGCAGGCUCAGCGAUGAUCCUUACUGCGAGAAAGACUUCUCGUUCGCGGACUACGGGGUUGACAAAUGCGUCCAGAAUUUCCAGAAGCUGAACAAGUGCAAGGGAAACACGUGGGACGACAAGUCUGAAUACGACACUGCGGGUGGAACUUACUACUACGACUGCGUCAGCUGGACUGUUGUGGCUAUGAACGCUGUCAGAACGCCUCCUGACACGGAUGAUCCCUUGCCAGAGGAUCCUUGA